AUGGCUGGUUAUCGCUCUGAAGAAGACCAUACCCUUUACCGGCCCGGUGGAUUCCACCCUGUUCACCUGGGCGAUGUCUUUAAUUAUCACUACGAGGUUCUCAGAAAGCUUGGUUACGGUCGGUACUCGACAGUAUGGCUAGUGAAGGAUCAAAGGCAAGACGACUUUGUCACUGUCCUUUUGAUGGGACGUUCUCUGAUUGUAUCAUUUAGGACUGGCUGUUACGGGGCUUUGAAGGUCCUCAGCGCAGAAUGUUACGAUGGGUCUCAAGAUAUAUCCGAACUGGAAGUCCUCACACGGUUACGCGACUCGGAUCCCAAGCAUGAUGGACAUCGACACAUCCCUAUGCUUGUCGAUUCGUUUAAACACCUUGGACCAAAUGGUCAUCAUCUAUGCCUUGUGCUGGAGCCUAUGGGAGAAAAUCUAAGGACUUUUGGCACGUUAUUUGCCAAGGAUCAGGUCCCAAGUUCGAUCAUGCGACGCUUCGGCCAGCAACUCCUUCUUGCAUCAGAUUACGCUCACCGAUCGGGCGUCAUACAUACAGAUAUCCAGCCCCGGAAUAUUAUGAUCCAAAUUCCAGACCUUUCAAUCAUUGACGAUUACUUAAAGAACACAACUCCAGACCCUAUGGCUUAUGACCCUAGUUCUGAUCCUUUGGCAAUUGUGUCUCACCCUUUAAAGGACUUUUAUAUCCGAGGAUCGACCGAUCUGAUGACCCUUGAUGUUGCUCUCUGCGAUUGGGGUUCUGCCAGCUGGAUUAACCAUCACCCGACAGAACUUAUACAGCCUGUGCUGCUUCGAGCCCCGGAAGUCAUCAUUGGAGCUUCGUGGGGACCAUCAGUCGAUAUCUGGAAUCUAGGUGCUGUCUUACUCGAGGUUCUAGAUGCGGUGCGAAUGUUCGACGGUCGAACAAUGCAAACCGGGGGCGUCUUCCAAACCAAGCAUCAUCUCGAAGAAAUAGUGGCUCUCUUUGGGCCAUUCCCUCCUCACCUACUAGCGCUAGGGGACCCAAAGAUCGUAGCCGAAUACUUCGAUGACCAAGGAAACAUUCGCAAUCCUACCCCUCGACCAAAAGCCUUUCUGGAAAACUGGAUCGAGAGUAUCACGGGAAACGACAAGGAGGAGUUUGUAAUGCUGUUAAGGAGCAUGAUGAAGAUCGACCCUGAUGAUCGUCCGACAGCAAAAGAAUCACUCAGUGAAGCGUGGUUUCAACGUACGACUAGUAACCCUGACAGCUAG